CAGGUCUCGGGCCCUCAGGCGGAACGGCGGGCGCCGGACCCCCAGGAGGAGCGACAGGUCUUGGGCCCUCAGGCGGAGCGGCAGGCGCCGGACCCCCAGGCGGAGCGACAGGUCUCGGGCCCUCAGGCAGAGCGGCGGGCGCCGGACCCCCAGGAGGAGCGACAGGUCUCGGGCCCUCAGGCGGAGCGGCGGGCGCCGGACCCCCAGAUGGAGCGACAGGUCUCGGGCCCUCAGGGCGGAGCGACAGGUCUCGGGCCCCCAGGCGGGGCGGCGGGCGCCGGAUCCCCAGGCGGAGCGGCGGGCGCUGGACCCCCAAGCGGAGCAACAGGUCUCGGGCCCCCAGGCGGAGCGGCGGGCACCGAGACACCAGGCACGACAGUGGGCUCCGAGUCAACUGGUAUGACCGCAGGCACUGGGUCAGACAUUGGAUGGUCUGGCUGG